AUAUCCCCGAGAAGAAGAAGAAACAACAAGAAGAACACUAGCGGUGUGUCAUCCAAAAGUCUUGCAAGUGCCCUCCAAGCAAAAGUAGUCACGAAAAUGGCCAACCCUGGACUCCUCAAGGCCGCAGCUCUGGCGGUGGCCGUCGUCUGCAUGGUGGUGGCCAAUGCGCCCCCGGCCGCGUCGCAGGCGUCCUCGUGCAACCAGGUGAUCAACACGCUGAUGCCGUGCGUGUCUUACGUGCUCAACGGAGGGACCGUGCCGCCCGCCUGCUGCAGCGGGAUCCGGUCGCUGUACUCGGCGGCGAAGACCACGGCCGACCGCCAGGGCGUCUGCAGCUGCCUGAAGUCCGCCAUCAACGGGAUCUCCUACAACGCCUACAACGCCGGCCUCGCGGCGGGCCUGCCGGGCAAGUGCGGGGUCAACAUCCCUUACAAGAUCAGCCCCUCCACCGACUGCAAGAGCGUGAAGUGAGAGAAAGAUGGAGCGCCGGACCAGAUACUUCCGAGGGCAGGACGAAGAUUAACGUUAGAAUAAGAGGAACUACUACUAUCGCCUCGAGCGACGGCUCCUCUAGUUACGACAGUAGUAGUUGCUGUGUCGUUCUGGAUCUCUGUGUCGAGCAGUGAUGCCAUGCGUCGUGUAAUAUGGUCCGAUGUGUUCUAAGCCAUCUAUGGAGAAACUACUUUGUUACUUUGAA